AUGAACUUUGAGAGAGAUCUUCAUUUGCCUGUCACUUGUGUGGAUGCCUCAGAACAAUUUCUUAGUAAGCUUAGAGGUGUCGGUGAUCCGGAGGUGAAAAGGAAAAUAAUAGGAAAAGUGUUCAUCUGCAUUUUUGAUGCUUUUGCUCAUGAACUCGAGAAAAAAUUAGGGAGGAAACCCGCUUACUUAGUCCAAGGUACACUGUAUCCAGAUGUGAUUGAAUCUUGUCCGCCACCUGGUAGUGGAAGGACUCAUUCCCACACAAUCAAGAGCCAUCAUAAUGUUGGCGGGCUUCCCAAGGACAUGAAAUUGAAGCUUAUUGAACCACUUAAACUUCUAUUCAAGGAUGAGGUUCGCCAAUUGGGGAAGAUCUUGAAUAUUCCUCAGGGAUUCCUAAAGCGCCAUCCAUUUCCAGGGCCUGGCCUUGGUAGGGUCUUGGGUGAUGUAACUGCAGGCAAUGCUCUUGAGGUCCUCCGCCAAGUUGAUGAGAUAUUUAUACAAUCAAUUAAAGAUGCUGGGUUAUAUGAUAAAAUCUGGCAAGCAUUUGCAGUAUUUCUGCCUAUAAGAUCAGUGGGAGUUCAAGGUGAUCAAAGAACACAUUCUCAUGUUGUUGCUCUCAGAGCUGUUACAAGUCAAGAUGGGAUGACAGCUGAAUGGUACUACUUUACACAUGAGUUCUAAGAUGAUGUGUCACGGAAGAUUUGCAAUAGUGUCCGUGGUGUAAACAGAGUAGUGCAUGACAUUACAUCAAAGCCGCCUUCCACUAUCGAGUGGGAAUAGUGCUCUUUUACCCAAAUGCUUCAGCUUGCAAUGGUAGUGAAGUUAUGUGGUCUACACAAACGAACUAUUUUUUUAUGCUAAUUCCAUAAGCAUGUCUAUGGAAACAUCACGAUUAGAAACUGUAGUGUACAUUUCUUUCCGAUGAUGGAUUUGGACCAAGUAUGCUGAUAUUAUUUAGUGAUGUCAUGGACUUUGUCUCUAC